GUGGGUGGGGAUGAUGGGUAAAUGAACUGCCGGAGGUCCCCGCCAUUUUGGGGCUAGUGCGGAAGUUGUAGUUGUGUCUCGGACUCGGAGCGGUUGAAGGUUCCGCCUUUUCAUGGUCAGGUAGCUCCCAGUACAUCGGCUCCUUUUUUUUUGUUUUUGUUGGCCGUUACGCCACGAAAGAGCACCUGAAAAUGGCAGGCAGACUACCGGCUUGUGUCGUGGACUGUGGCACAGGGUAUACAAAGCUUGGGUAUGCUGGGAAUACAGAACCACAGUUCAUAAUUCCAUCAUGUAUUGCCAUCAAGGAGUCUGCGAAAGUUGGUGACCAAGCACAAAGGAGGGUGAUGAAAGGAGUUGAUGAUUUGGAUUUCUUCAUAGGUGAUGAAGCAAUAGAUAAACCUACUUAUGCAACAAAGUGGCCUAUUCGCCAUGGCAUAGUUGAAGAUUGGGAUCUCAUGGAGAGAUUUAUGGAACAAGUCAUUUUUAAAUACCUUCGAGCAGAGCCAGAAGACCAUUACUUCCUUUUGACUGAACCACCAUUAAAUACGCCAGAAAAUAGAGAAUACACCGCUGAGAUCAUGUUUGAAUCAUUCAACGUGCCCGGUCUUUACAUUGCUGUUCAGGCUGUCCUUGCUUUGGCUGCCUCAUGGACAUCUCGACAAGUUGGAGAGCGAACGCUGACUGGAACGGUUAUAGACAGUGGGGAUGGUGUCACUCAUGUCAUUCCAGUGGCUGAAGGGUACGUGAUUGGUAGUUGUAUUAAACACAUUCCAAUUGCUGGUCGUGAUAUUACAUACUUCAUCCAGCAACUUUUGAGAGAUCGAGAGGUGGGAAUACCCCCAGAGCAGUCCCUGGAAACGGCGAAGGCUGUAAAGGAACGCUUUAGUUAUGUCUGCCCAGACUUGGUAAAAGAAUUCAACAAAUAUGAUACAGAUGGUACUAAAUGGAUCAAGCAAUACACUGGAGUCAAUGCCAUCUCCAAGAAAGAAUUCACCAUUGAUGUAGGCUAUGAGCGAUUUUUGGGUCCUGAAAUUUUCUUUCACCCAGAGUUUGCAAAUCCCGAUUUCACACAGCCCAUCUCAGAAGUAGUAGAUGAAGUCAUUCAGAACUGCCCCAUUGAUGUUAGACGUCCACUUUAUAAGAACGUUGUCCUGUCUGGUGGGUCAACCAUGUUUAGAGAUUUUGGACGCCGGUUACAGAGAGACUUAAAGAGGACAGUAGAUGCCAGGCUUAAACUCAGUGAAGAAUUGAGUGGUGGAAAACUAAAGCCUAAACCAAUUGAUGUUCAAGUGAUCACCCACCACAUGCAGAGAUAUGCCGUUUGGUUUGGAGGAUCUAUGCUAGCAUCCACCCCGGAGUUCUACCAGGUAUGCCACACCAAAAAAGAUUAUGAGGAGAUUGGCCCCAGCAUUUGUCGCCACAACCCUGUCUUUGGAGUCAUGUCUUAAGGCUGAUCUCAAUAUUGUAAGGGCUGAAGGGAGCCUUGCUUUUGGGGGCCUGUUCUGUCUGAAUGACUGGUGUUGCAUUAUUAAAAAUGGCUUGACUUUUAAAACAGAUGACCAAACAGUAUGUGGCUGACAAAUUUAACAAUUGAAUGUCUUAAAAUGGGCUAAAUUGAAAGAAGCCAAAAUAUUUUUUCCCCUUUUAAACAUUUUGGAUCAGUUUGUAAGAAAAUUCUAUGAUGGUUUUAGAUCAGGUUAUGCCCUAAGAUAAUUUGUUCAUGGGAAAUCCAAGACUGAAGCGAUUUGAGAUUAGAAUGUCAGCUCUGCCAUGCUUGAAUUGUACUCACAAAUGCGUACAAUGCAAGAGCUUGUUUAUAUUUCAUACUGAUUUUUUUUAUACAUCAGGUGGGGAAAGUGAGAGAAUUAGGUUAUCAAGUAUCAAGUAAAAUAAUAAAUGGUAAGAAAACUAAUACUUAGUGAAAGUGUGUGGAUGUACUGGUCAAUAGGAGUUGUACACAGUUUUAAAAAAAUCUAACACAAAAUGCAAUGAGAAGUGGAUUUCUGAGAAUUGAACCAGAGAUAUAGUUAUCCUUUAAUGUUGGAGGUUUCUUUUGCCUUGAGAUGGAAUCAUUUUACUGUUAGCAUGGCUUGCUGAUAUGUCUGUGCCUAAGAAAGUAUAAUUAAAGUGCAAACAUUUCAUCAAGCUCUGCUUCUACAGAUUGAAACUUUCCUAGCAAAGGAAGAGGCAUUCCAGCAGUAACUGUUGGAAGGGAUAAAUUGUGAAUUUUCAUUUUUCUUUAAACUUGGAUUUUAUUUUGUGUACAGCACUGACGGGUGUAUCAAUGCUCUUCUAGAAAUAUCUUCUCAGAAAAGCCUAAAAAAAAUUGUAUCAGCAUCUAAUAGGCUGCAGACAGUUUGUACAAGUCGAAUGACUUUGCUUAUUUGUGACUCCGGUCUGUUCCCAAAAAAAUAACAAACUGUAUUUCCUAAUAUCAAAUAUGGCUAACUCCGCAAGUGCUUUGGGAACUAAGGAACUAUUUCUUAUUCAAACUAAGAUGCCUGCUAGUGCUUUCUGAAUACUGAAUGCAUUUCUUCUGUUUCUUUCUGCAAAAAAAGACUGUUGGACCAGUAUUGUAGUUCUAGAGCCUCAUUUUGAUUUAAACCAAAUAAUCUAAUGAUCAAAGUGGUGUAUUUAAUGCCUUGCACCAUUCCAAUAAAGGCACAAAAUUCUUUUUAAA